AUGGGGCAUGGAUCGUUUCUCUUACAACGUUCUCAGACACGACCCUCAAGCACGACAAGUUUACUGAACGUCAGGGAUUCUUCUAGCGACAUGGGCCGCAAGGACUGUGGCGACACUGUUGUGGCAUGUGGGCCUUCGCUCUUUCUUUCUCUGAAUUUCUGGCCGGCGACUUUGGCCUGUGUUCUGUGUUCUUCUGUUCUGCUUAUCUUCUUAUUCUUCCUAGGUCUUCUUGCUCAUCCCCUGGGGGUUCAUUCCCGUCGCUGCUCUUGUCUUGCUCGCCGCUCUGUGUUUUUGCUCGCCCUGCUCUGCGUUGCUUGUCUCGUUCCUGAUUUCUCGUUCCUUAGCUUGUCUUACACAUCCUCCUCUUUGUGA